AUGAAACCCGUUGGAUGGUUCAGCACUGCUCCUAUGGACGAUAUCCGCGCUACCCUCGCACCAACACUCAAGGAAGAUUUCUUAAAACCCGACGAGAUCGAUGGGUUUUUGGCGCAGUUGGUGAAAGAUUUCGAAGUCAUUGUGAAAGUGAGAAAGUGGAGGAGUGACAAACUGGAUGAGGAGAUUGAGGGGUUGAGGGAGUGUGCGGUGGAGGGGGAAGAUGAAGAUGAAGAUGAAGAUGAUGAGGGAGAUGAAGAUAUUGAGGAUGGAGAAGCAGAAGAAGAAGAAGAACCCUACAUCUGGGGCGCAAACGGCGAACCCCACCCUGAUUUCGUAGACGGCGGCUGGGGCCAAGAGGAAAUUAGCAGUGCGGGGGUUGGCGCACGCUGGUUUGUAUUCGACGAUAUGGAGAAUGUAUUGGGGGGACCAAAGUGUCCGAUUACGCAUGCGGUUGAUGGGUUUGAGGAUGCGGAGCAGGAGCAGGAGCAGGAGCAGGAUGGAGGAGAUGGUGAGGUUGCGGGAGAGGAGAGAGAGAUUGUGGAUGAGGAGAUUAGGAGAGGAGAAAUGAGUACGACGCUUUUGAGCCCGAUUGAAGAGGGGUGUGGAGAGGAGGAGGGAGAGGAGGGGUUUGAUGAGGAUGCGCGACAGCUUUCUCAGGAGGAGAUUUUGAAGAGAGAGGGAUUACUUUGA